ACCACAGAUCGGACUGAGUAUCCAUCCAUGAUCCAACCACCGCAUAGCUGACCCGACGAGUCCCUCUGGUUUUCCCUCCCGCAGAAAAAAAGGGGAAAAAGAACCGACCCAUUAUCGCCGGAUUCUCCUCUGCCGGCGUCUUCCAAAUUACAAUUCCGACGCCUUCACUCCGUCUGGCGUGUCUCUGACGCCGCGCGCAGCGUCCGACUCGCGAUUUCUUCCGAGCUGUAUAGGUGCCAAGAGUGCAUCUUCGGAUGAUAAAUGGGAAUGGAAGUCCAGCUCACUUUAGGAAGUGAUGCAGACCCCCACAGUAGAAGAUCUCCACGUAAGGACGACGGGGGAUUUACAUUUGGGGAAGUUGAUUGUGUACAUAAACAAAUAGAAUCCUCGCAAGAUCAUGAUAUGCCAGAACAGACAAUGUUCUCACAGGAUCACGCUAUGGCAGAGCAAGUAAUGCCCUCCAGAGAUCGUCCUGUCCUUCAACGGCCAGUCAGAAGAGAGACUAGAAAAUGGGCUGCAUGGACGCGCGAAGAGGAGGAAAGUUUUUUCUCAGCAUUACGACAUGUUGGCAAGAACUUUGAAAAAAUCACCAGUCGUGUUCAUACUAAAAACAAGGAUCAGGUUAGGCACUACUACUAUCGUCUUGUUAGGCGCAUGAACAAGUUGUUGGGGCCAAAUCUCUGCCUUAAUGCCAAAAACUCAAAAGACACGAUUGCUGCAAUGCUGCGCUGGUGGUCCUUACUGGAAAAGUAUAGCUGUAAAGCUUCAAAGCUUCACUUGAAGCCCAGGAGAUUCAAAGUAUUCAUCGAGACCUUGGAGAAUCAACUCUUGAAAGACCGAAAAAAGAAUGUAAGAAGGUGCUUUUCUCAAGGGGAGAACACUUCAGCUUCCCCUAUUUCUGUCUCAAAUCAAGGCCGCGCAUCUGGUCACGAUGACCAGCAUGUUAAAGUGGUUCUUGACACUCAAGACAUGCAGAAAUAUGGUCCCGGAAAAGGAUCAUUGCUAAAGCGCCAUGUAAAUAUAGGUUCCAGUAACACUUCCUCUAAAGCGCCAUCUCCUCUUCUUAAAACUGUUAGACAUCGGCGAAAGACAGAUGCUGUAUCCACGUCUGCAUAUAAAAGAUGGGAAAAGGCUGCAAUUGCCGGUGUUUCAUUGGUUGCGGAUGCUGCUGAACAUGUGGAGCGUACAACCAAUGACACAACGUUCCAGGAUACACAUGUGCAAAAUGGUUUGGAACAAGGAGGAGAAGUUCCACACGCUUUUCAAACUUCGUUACGCAAUUCAUUCAAUGAGCUCAAUGUGCAAAGCUCUAAGAAACUUAAACUCCAACUCUUUCCUAUUGAUGAUGGCACAAGAAGAGCGUUGGAACUGGAUAACCACAAUCCGUAUCUGGAGCUCACUCUCAGCACACAAAAGAAAAUAUCAUCAGUCAUGGAGCAUCUCAACCGCAAAUGGGGGAAUUGUAGCAUGACACGUGGAGAUUUAUUGCUCUUCCCUUACCAUUUGCAAAAAGAAAACUUGGUGCAUUUUCCGAAAUGGACCAAGGAUUCUACACUCACUGCUUCAGAUGUAUACACACUCAUUGGAAGGCCUCCUAUUUUUCGUCUCAGGUAUGGUUGGUUUUCAAACGCCGAGGCAACAUUUUUGGUAACAUCAUUGUCUGUUAUACCACGGGGAUGUGAAAAAAAUAUGAACAUCAUGCAAGAACAAAGUGCAGGGUUACCAGCUUCUUCAACUGAUUCCCCUAAAGAGGUGAAUGGCUGUGUUAGUGGGAAUGCUAUGAAUGUUUCAAUGAGUUCCAAUCACCCUGAAGCUGCGGUUUGGGGAAAUUCUGAAAAUAUAGUGACACGUGCAGAAGUGCUUACCAAACCUAUUACAUCAUGUGCCGGGGAAUGGGCUGACAGCCUUACAAACAUAAGUGUUGGAGAACUACUCUCUGAAGCUCCUGAUGCUGAGUGUGGCAAUUGCAUUACUUCCAGUGUACCUACUAGCAGUUCUAACUAUGUUCAUAAUACACCGUUCAGCUGUGACUCCUUUGAUGCAGCAAUUGCUGCUCACAUAAAGAAACAUCAAAACAUAGCCAUUAACCAUACUGCCCUUCCAUCUGAGUUAUCAACAAUAUGGGGCGCUGAAGAUACGUGUGAUGCAUUUUCGUUUCAGAGACGUUCUCACAGUGAAGAGUGGCAGAAGUCUUCCAAGCCCACUUCUUUAGAUACUAGCAAACCGAUAAAUUUGAGAAAUGCUACUGCUGUGUUGGGCACACCACUACAGGGGGAGUUUGAUAAUGGGAAAACAGUUGAUGCAGCAGCUUGUGCACAUCCAGAACGUGUACCUUACACGUCUACUUCAGACGUGGUGAAAGAUUUUACUGGAUUGGCUGAAGUAUCUUGGGUGGUGGAGAGCGAAUUGUUUAGUGUGGUGAAGGAGAAAUAUGGCGGCGACUUGUUCGCCGCCAUGUUGGAAGAGAAGGUGUUUCCGGUGGCCGGCGACGUCUCCUUUGAAGAUUUGGGCAUUGAAAACAAAGAGGUAAAAGAUGAAAUGUUGAGAGAGGUUGACAUCAUCGUCAACUCUGCUGCAACUACCACUUUUAACGAAAGGUAACUCAUUCUACAUUUUUCUUAUUGGCCCUAUUAUUUUUACACAUCAUACCUAUAUAUACUCCGUUCUUCGUUUCACAAAACCUUUCAUCUUUCAUUUUUCUUAUUGGCCCUAUUAUUUUUACACAUCAUUCCAAAGGCAUUUUUAGAAAUUCAAUACCAAAAUACACUCAUCCUAAAUCCCUUAGAAUUCAAAACAAGAAAUGUUUUGUGAGACAGAAGGAGAAUAAAUACAAAUAUUAAUAGUGAAAAUACGGAGUAUUAUAUUCGAGACUGUAGAAAAUGAAAUGAGCAGCUAUUUUCUUGAUGGACGGAGUAUAAGUGCACAAAUCCCAUUAAACAUGGGAUGUUUUG